CUGUGACAAGACUCCCGAUGUUUUAAGUGGCGUCUUUUCCUUCUUCUCCUUUUUUUUUCUUUGGCUUUUAUUUUAUUAUUUUAUUGUAUGGCAUUCUUUACUGUUGUCCCGAUACAUCAAUAUUGUCGGAGAAUAAAAGCAAAGUUGACCCCUUAGUCCAAAGAUCCAACCGAGGAUAAGAGGUGAGGUGGCAAAAUUAGACCUCGACUAAGGGAAGAUUCUCACCAAUGCCAAUGACUUUUCGAUGUCUGUACCGACGGUAAAAGAAAGAUGCAUGCAGGAAGGGACCCAAGAGUUUCAAACCAACCAAAGGAAAAAAAGACGGCGGCGGGGGACAUGACGUCGCAAUGGGACUAGUGUUACGACCGUUCGCGUGGGCAUUUCACCUACGGAGUCUAAACCCAACUAACUGGCUUCACCCUCAUUAUCCAUUGCUCUUCUUCCCUUUCUCCCCACUUCGCCAUAUUCUUUACCUUUUGUCAAACACCCCCCCCCCCUCCGCCCCAAGACUGUUACUGCUGGCUCCAGUGACUACUUUUUCCCGUUAGAUCAGUAACUCGAAAUCAAAAACUUUUCUUCUUUAGAAAUUCAGAACUACCUAGCAAAAGAUGAGUUCCAGCAAGGAUGCAAUCCCCGCCAGCAGCAAAGGCUCCUGGUCAAGUUUCCUCAAGUCUAUCGCCUCUUUCAACGGCGACCUCUCUUCCUUGACCGCUCCACCUUUUAUCCUUUCCUCCACUUCCCUGACCGAGUACUCCGCCUACUGGGCUGAGCAUCCGAACCUUUUCGUGGCCCCAGCUACAGAAGCGGACCCCGAGAAAAGAGCCCUAGCUGUUCUGAAAUGGUUCAUUAGCACCCUCCACCAGCAAUAUUGUACCCGUAGCGAGAAACUGGGUAGUGAGAAGAAGCCCCUGAACCCCUUCUUGGGAGAGCUCUUCCUGGGCAAGUGGAACACUGACGAGCAUGUCGGGGAAACCUCAUUGAUCAGUGAACAAGUCAGCCACCACCCCCCAGCAACCGCCUAUGCGAUUCGGAAUGAGAAACAUGGGGUAGAACUACAAGGUUACAACGCCCAGAAGGCCUCGUUUUCAAGCACUAUCCAAAUCAAGCAGAUCGGGCACGCCCUCCUGACCGUCACCCCACCCAACGCGGAUAAGAACGACCCGGCCCAGAAGGAACAGUACAUUAUCACACUUCCAAGUUUGCACAUUGAAUCCUUGAUCUAUGGAACUCCGUUCGUGGAGCUGGAAAAAACGACACGGAUUGUUAGCAGCACUGGCUACGUGGCUAAAAUCGACUACUCCGGUAAAGGCUGGCUAAGUGGAAAGAAAAACACAUUUAACGCUAUCUUGUAUAAGGAGAGCGAAGGAGAGAAGAAGCCUUUGUACACUGUCGAUGGGCAAUGGUCGGAUAAAUUCACCAUCAAGAAUGCCCGAACCAAGGAUGAAGUGGAGACGUACGUGGUUAAGGAUAACAAGACUACUCCGCUCCAGUUGGCCCCACUGGAGGAUCAAGACCUUUACGAAAGUCGGCGUGCCUGGCGGGACGUGGCAUCAGGCAUCGAGCGGGGCGACAUGGACGCCGUGUCUGUGGCCAAGUCAAAGAUUGAGAACGCCCAACGCGAGCUUCGCAAAGUUGAAAAGUCCGAGGGCCGGGAAUGGGAGCGCCGCUUCUUCAACCGCGUAGAUGAAAACGAGGACCAGGGGCUCUUACAGCUUGCUAGAAAGGCCGGCCUUACAUCGCUCGAAGGCGACAAGACUGGUGGGGUUUGGCGCUUCAACCCAGCAAGCGCAGAUGGUGCGAAGCCGCCGUAUCACAAGGCCGGUGGCGAAGGCUUGGGGGUCUCCGCAUGAUUGCCUGAACUUGGUUUGACUUUAUACAAUCCACUUAUAGUUUCAUUGACGGCUAAUGCACCGCAGUGGCAUCUGCGCUUAUAGAAUGCGUUUGCUUGAACAAGUCUCUUUCUUUCUU